AUGUUGGCGUUUCUCUCCGUUAUUAUCGACUACUUUGCGCCUGUUUUCAUUAUUUUGUCACCGAUCAUGUCCUAUGGCGAUCAAAUAGCCUCAAUGCAUCGUAAGAAGAGUAGCGAUGGCUUCUCCCUCGACAUUCCCCUGAUCAUGCUUGCUGCAUCGAUUUUAAAAGUGUUCUACUGGUUCGGCGCAUAUUAUGACAAGUCACUUCUUAUACAAGCGUCAUUGAUGAUCGUGGUACAACUCAUAUUGUUGAAGGUUGCCCUCGACAAUAGAGCGCCGGCCGGAAUAAGAGACGGGAUAGAACACGCCCCUUUCCAUGGAUAUACGGCCGAGAACGGGCUGCGGGAUCUGUUGUCGGGUCGACGGCCGUACGACUUUUGGCAAUGGAACAGUGCCAAACCCUACUUUCAGUUUUUGGCAUAUUUUGCUGCUACGCUUCUGGCCGUCCAUGUUUUGCUCCCGGUGGUGUCCGGGUCUCCCGCGUACAUAUCCUUUCUCGGGUAUUUCGGUCUGGCGGUGGAAGCUAUACUACCCGUUCCUCAAAUCGUGAAGAACCAUCGAGCGCGAUCUUGCACGGGCUUUCGGUUUUCUGUCAUUGCCAACUGGCUUGCAGGUGACGCAAUGAAGAUGAGCUACUUCUUCUUGAGUAGCGAAUACAUCCCAUGGCCCUUUCGAAUGUGCGGCAUCUUCCAGGCGUGUUGUGAUUGCUACCUGGGCGUGCAAUUUUUCAUGUACGGCCAGGGCCCCGCAGGUGUCGAUGUUCCAAUGACCACGGCAAGCAAACCUGCCACGCUCGGGUGA